CGCUGCCCGCGGCAUGGCCCUGGCCCCGGCCCCGGCCCCGGGCGGGCCCCCGCCGGGCAGCACCUCGGCGGGGGACAUGGAGCGCUACUACCGCCUGCUCCGCGCCGCCGCGCUGCUGGAGGCCGCCGCCGAAACUGCAGUACCCAUCUGUGCAAAGGACAUCAGUGAUGAUCUGAUGAAAGAGUUUGCUUUCCUGUCUGGUGGAAGGGGCAAGGACAAGGCCUGGAUCAUCACCCUGCCUGACAACGCUGGCUUCAACCAGGUGCCCGAGGAGAGCGUGGCCAGAGUGCUCACCUACCUGACCUCAGUGCCCAGUCAGCAUGAGUCUGACACUAAAUUUAUCCUAAUCCUGGACAGAAGACUGGACACAUGGACAUCAGUCAAAACGACUCUCCAAAAAAUAGCAGCAUCCUUCCCAGGGAACCUGCACUUGGUGAUGGUCCUGCGGCCCACAGGCUUCUUCCAGCGCACCUUCACCGACAUCGGCUUCCGCUUCAGCCAGGAGGAUUUCCUGCUCAAGUUACCGGUGGUGAUGCUGAGCUCGGUCAGUGACCUGCUGACGUACAUCGAGGAGCAGCAGCUGACCCCCGAGCUGGGGGGCACCCUGGAGUACUGCCACAGCGAGUGGGUCAUCUUCAGGACGGCCAUAGAGAGCUUUGCCCUGACUGUGAAGGACAUUGCCCAGAUGUUGCAGUGCUUCGGCACGGAGCUGGCGGAGGCGGAGCUGCCCGAGGACAUGUUCUGCAUCGAGCGCCUGCUGGCCGUGCGCACCGAGAGGUACCGCCAGCUCAAGGAAGAAAUCACGGCAGUCACAAAAGAGGGAAAGUUGCUUUUGAGCGAUUUUGAAGAGCCAGACUCAGGGGAAUGCAGUCAGGAGCAGCAGCAGGAGAGGCCUGGGGACUGGGAGACGGUGAAUCGGUUGCUUGGUCAGCUGCGUGAGAUGGAGACUGCUUUUGAUGGCUUCUGGGAAAAGCACCAGUUAAAAAUGGAACAAUAUUUACAACUCUGGAAGUUUGAGCAAAGUUUUCAAGAGGUCAAGAGUGCCAUUGAAUUUUUAAUGGGGCAGCAGGCGGAGCUGCCCGACACCGGCGACAGCGUCCCCCAGGUGAAGCAGAGGCUCAAGGAGCUGGAGCACUUGGAUGGCCUGGCUCAGGAGCUGAUAGGGAAGGCUCAGGUGGUGAUCCUGCACGGGCACCAGCUGGCAGCCAACCACCACUACGCCCUGAACCUGAUCUGCCAGCAGUGCAACGAGCUGCGGCACCACUGCGACCUCCUGGCUGAGCACGGCAAGCGGAAGCAGCUGCGCCUGCAGAGGACCUUGGAGCUGCACACCCGCCUCCAGCAGGCCCUGCAGUGCUGUGAUGAAGGUGCCUACCUGCUCGCCAACCAGCAGAUGGACAAGUGCCAGUCUAAAGAAGGCGCCCAGAAAGCACUCCAGGACAUAGAAAGAUUUCUUGAAAGCUCUUCAUCCUACUUGAACUAUGAUCCCCAAGCCCUGCAGGCCGAUUUUGAGUCGGUUUUGACACCUGAGCUGAAGGGCCAGCUGCAGGCGGUGCAGGGGAAGCUGGACAGCGUGCGCAGCAUGUUUGAGAGCAGGCAGUGCUGCUUCAGGAGGCUGCUGGACAAGCACGUGCGGCCCGUGCAGCUCGUGGCUCCUCGGCCAGAGACCCCACCCCGGGCCAAGUCACCCCUGUUCUCUCCUAAGCACGGUGUAGAUUUUAAUUCCAGUUUGAAAUUUUCAUUUGAUCUCUCUCUCCCUGGGAAGAAAACUUCAAGAAAAACUCCAAGUUCUCGCAAGAUCGAGGUGAUGCAUGACUACCAGGAGAAGAGGAAUUCCUUGCAGUACUUCAUUUCAGACAGUGAGGACAGCUUGGAUGUGCUGAAAGGCCACGUGAUAAAUGAGCUCAUAGAAACAGAGAGAGUGUAUGUGGAGGAGCUGUUCACUGUUCUGAUGGGCUACAGAGCAGAGAUGGAUAACCCAGCCAUGCUGAUCCUGCUGCCCCCCGUGCUGAGGAACAGGAAGGAUGUUCUCUUUGGAAACAUGCCCGAGAUCUACGACUUCCACAACAAGAUUUUCCUGCACAGCCUGGAGAGCUGCCUGGGAGCACCCGAGAGAGUGGGAUGCUGUUUCCUGGACAGGAGGGAGGAUUUCCAGAUGUAUGAGAAGUACUGCCAGAACAAGCCCCGCUCCGAGUCCCUGUGGAGACAGUGCUCCGAGAGCUCCUUCUUCCAGGAAUGCCAAAGGAAGUUGGAGCACAAGCUGGGGCUGGACUCCUACCUGCUCAAGCCCGUGCAGCGCCUGACCAAGUACCAGCUCCUGCUGAAGGAGCUGCUAAAGUACAGCACGAGCUGUGAUGGAGUUCAGGAACUUCAAGAAGCUCUGGUUGCAAUGCUGGAUUUGCUGAAGUCAGUCAAUGACUCCAUGCAUCAGAUUUCAAUCACAGGCUAUGAUGGUGACCUGAGCGAACUGGGGAAAGUAUUGAUGCAGGGAUCUUUCAGUGUUUGGGCAGGACACCGAAAAGGGCCCACAAAGAUGAAGGAUCUGGCCAGGUUCAAGCCCAUGCAGAGGCACCUGUUCCUGUAUGAGAAAGCCUUGGUCUUCUGCAAGAAGAGAGAGGAGCACGGAGAUGGAUAUGACAAAACCUCAUCUUACAGCUUUAAGCACUUUCUGAAAAUGAAUGCAGUUGGGAUAACGGAGAAUGUGAAAGGAGACCAUCGGAAAUUUGAGAUCUGGUACAGUGGGAGAGAGGAGGUGUAUGUGGUGCAGGCCCAAACAGUAGAUCUGAAGAUGGCAUGGUUGAAUGAAAUAAGAAAAAUUUUGUUCAAGCAGCAAGAGCUUAUAAAAGCAGGGGAGAAGCAGCAGCCUGGCUCGUGCUCGGAGCAGCUCCCACUCUCCUCCCAGCUGGGGGACAGGAAGCAGCAGAGAGCCUCCAUCAGCUCGGAGGAGAACGACUCGGAGCGCACCAGCCCGGUGCUGCUGUCCCCCCAGAGCAAACCCCACAGAGGCUGGCCAGGAAUGUCCCAAUCCCUGGAGAUCUGCGAGGGGCUGGAGGAGUGGACGGGCCAGCAGGAGCUGUCCAACUGCUCGGACACCGAGGAGGAGGAGGGCACCCAGCUGUCUCCAGGAAAAUACAAAGCCCUUGCAGACUGCAAGAGGAGAGGAUCAGAGGACCUGCUGGUGAAAAAUGGGGAUGAAAUUCAGCUCUUGCAUGAAGAUGGUGAGGGACAGUGGUUGGUGAAGAACCUCAACAGAAGGAAAGAAGGCUGGAUCCCUGUGCACAGUCUGCAGAUUGUAGUCGGGGACUGCAGGUUUCGGAAUGCCAAAGUUGCAGAUGCUGCCCUGUGUAACACCAGAAAGUUUAGUUCCCCUUGAAUUGAGGGUGAACUAGCAGCAUCCCAUUUUCGAUGCUCUUUGGAAGCUUUCAGCUCAGUGUUACAGAGAAAUAGCACAGUAGUUGGAGCUGUCCUGUCCUGUUCAUCACAUUCACAGACCUCCACAGCCUCAUCUGCACUGACUGGGACCAGGGUCCUAAGCAGCUUCU